UUUAGUUUUCAGCAGAAUAAAUUGUACAAUGUUCACCCAAGCUCUUGCCAAGGAUGGGUUAAGAUGGGAUCGUCACGGCUUUCAUACUGGAAAAAUGCAAACGACAGAACCUUCUCACAGUGAUACCGUUAUUCUGGAUAACAACAGGGAUGAGAUCCUCGACCAAUCAGUUAGGGUUGGGGGACAUGGAGGAGCCAAUGAAUCUACUAAUAAUUUGCCUAUACGUCUCCCUAUAUUUCAUGCAAGUGGGCUUGGUCCAUGGGUUGCAGUUCUGUCUUAUGAUGCAUGUGUUCGUUUAUGCUUAAAUUCAUGGGCCAAAGGUUGCACCGAAGAGGCUCCGUACUUCUUGAAUCAAGAAUGUUCAGAGUUGCGGAAGGCAUUUGGUUUACAGAAUGUACUAUUGCAACCCGAAGAAGAGCUAUUGGCAAAACAGUCUUCUGAGUUAGUUAGUGAGGCAGCUGCUACUAAAUCGAAGAGAUUCAUUGGCAAAAUGAAAGUGCAAGUGCGUAAAGUCAAAAUGGGUUUAGACCCUCCUCCUGGCUGCAAUCUGUCACUAAUGAAGAUGGAAUCCCUUCAUCAACGUUUCUGCAAAAUGAACUCAAUGUUGUUUUCUGGAUGGGAAGCUCUUCGGAAUGUUCGAGUGACUCCCAAUACUCCUGCAAAUGUAUCUCUUUCAAAGCAAAGCUUAGCCUAUCUGAAGGCAAGCCGCCAGUAUAUAAAAGAGGUAUCCAAGCUAUUGAAAACUGGAGUGACCACUUUGCACAGCAAUUCGACAUCAUAUGAUGUAAAUCCAGAAACAUAUUGUUGCUUGCUGAAAUUGAAAAGUUCAUCUGAGGAUGAUGUGAUCAAAAUGCAACCAGGAUCGAACGAAACUCAUGUGUUCUUACCUGAUGGUCUUGGUGAUGAUUUGAUUGUCAAAGUUCACGACUCCAAGGGGCAGUAUUGUGGCCAUGUCCUAGCACAAGUGGUUUCUGUUGCUGAUGACCCUGGUGACAAGCUUCGAUGGUGGCCAUUAUAUCAUGAGCCAGAACAUGAGCUCGUUGGCAGAAUUCAACUGUAUAUACACUAUUCAACCAGUCAAGAGGAGAAUAAUCCUAAGUGUGGUUCUGUUGCGGAAACUGUGGCAUAUGAUUUUUUGUUGGAAGUUGCAAUGAAAAUUCAGCACUUUCAGCAAAGAAAUUUGUUGCUACAUGGCCCUUGGAAGUGGUUGGUAAAUGAAUUUGCAUCAUACUAUGGAGUAUCAGAUGCAUAUACCAAACUAAGAUUCCUUUCUUAUGUUAUGGAUGUGGCUACACCAACUGAAGACUGCCUUACAGUAAUACAUGAUUUACUAUCUCCAGUGAAGGGCAAUAACAAGCACAAAUUAAGUCACCAAGAGAACCGUAUCCUUGGAGAAGUUGAGGAUCAGAUCCAGCAUAUUUUAAAUGUGAUCUUUGAGAAUUACAAGUCCUUAGACGAAUCAUCACCAUCAGGGAUGAUGAGUGUUUUUAAGGCUGCCACUGGAGCACCUGCUCCUGCAUUGGUCCCUGCCAUCAAGCUCUAUAUCCUAUUACAUGAUGUAUUAACUCCGGAGAUACAACAGAAGUUCUGUGGAUAUUUUCAGGUUGCUGCAAAAAAGAGAUCAAGGCACCAGACAGAUGAGUUCAUUUCGAGCAAUAAUGACAGUGCAUUAAUGGAUCCAACGACUCUUUCAAUGUCUUAUCAGAAGAUGAAAACUUUAAUUUUGAGUAUCAAGAAAGAAAUUUUCACUGAUAUUGAGAUCCACGAGUGGAAUAUACUUCCUAGUUUUAUAGACCUUCCGAAUCUUUCUGCACCUAUAUACAGUGUGGACCUCUGCAGUAGGUUGCGUGCAUUUCUUGUUGCAUGCCCCCCUCCUGGCCCUUCUCCUCCUGUAAUAGAACUGGUUAUUGCAACAGCAGACUUUCAAAGGGACCUGUCUUCCUGGAAUAUUAAACCUAUAAAGGAGGGAAUUGAGGCAAAAGUGCUGUUUCAGUCUUAUAUAACAUCUUGGAUUGAAGAGAAACACCAUUCUUUACUUGAUUCAUGCAAACUCGAUAAGGUAUGUUCUGAUAUUAAAACACAACAAUCAACAACUCCUUUUGUUGAUGGUAUGUACGAUCGGCUAACAGAAGCAUUGAAUGAAUAUGAAAUUAUCAUUUCUCACUGGCCGGAGUUCACCAUCAUCUUGGAAAAUGCUAUUGCAGAUGUUGAAAGAGCAAUUAUUAAAUCUUUAGAGCGGCAGAAUGCCAAUGUUCUAGCUCCACUGAAGGCCGGCCUUGCUCCUAAGAUAAUUGGAAAAUAUGUUCAGAAAUUAACCAAAGGAACACCUGUCAUCUACAUUGUUCCUCACGAGUUGGGAGUUCUUUUGAAUUCCAUGAAAAGGAUGCUUUUUGUACUGCAUCCCAAGAUCGAAUCCCGGCUGAAGUUGUGGUGUCCUUGCACUCCAACAGGUGGAAACUCAAUUCCUGGAGAGCGUAUCGGUGAAAUUACAGUUAUGCUGAGGGCUGAAUUCAGAAACCAUAUUCAAGCAAUUGUUGAGAAACUUGCCGAGAAUACAAGAGUUCAAACUGCUACGAGAUUGAAGAAGAUAAUCCAGGACUCGAAGGAAAUUGCUGUCGAGUCCGAUGUAAGAAACCGAUUGCAGCCUUUGAAGGAUCUUCUGAUAAAUAUGAUAGAGAACCUCCAUUCUGUGUUUGAAUCUCAUGUGUUUGUAACCGUCUGUCGGAAUUUUUGGGACCGGAUGGGACAGGACGUUCUACACUUCAUGGAAAACCGAAGAGAGAACAUGUCCUGGUAUAAGGCCCUAAGGAUUGCAAUUUCGGUAUUGGAUGAAAUCUUUGGGGCACAAAUGCAGAAGUUGCAUGGAAAUGCACUACAGGAAAAAGAUUUGAAGCCACCUCCAUCUGUGAUGGAAGUUCGUUCGAUGUUUGCCAGGAUUUUGUAAAUGAAGAGAAGUAGGAUAAUCUUGGUUUUGAUUCUUCUGUACAGAUAUAGUGGAGCAAACGGAAAUCGGUCUUAUAGUAUUAGACACAGCUAAAAGAGGGAACAGAAACAGCACAAGUGGAGACGGGGGUAUUUUUUAUCGUAUUCGAGUUCACGACUAUCUUCCCGACAACAUAUUCUCCAAGAUUUAAGUCCUAAAAAUGCAUACAAUAUAGUUUGUCUUUGUCCGAAAACUUCGGGUUGAGCGGGGCGCAAAUGCAGAUUGGUUAAUGUUCCCCCACCGAUACAGUCAUUGCAUUUGCAGACUUAUUGAGACAGGCUCAUAAGGAAAGCGAGGAAGAAACAUCCCAACUCAGCCUCUGUGUCAUAAGAAUCUUCUUACCUUUUUCGUAUCGGAUUCGGACAACGUGAUCAUUCAGCCAUCAAAUUCCCACAAAAUUCUUACCUUUCUUUUGGUUUGC